UUACAGUCCCGAUUAGGGUGGAAGAGGAAGAGGAGUUGAUUUGUUUGGGUUUUUACAGGCAAAAUGGGAAUCUUUUCUUUCUUUGGCAAUGUUUUGGGUCUUUAUGUCCUAUUUGCUUGCACAUUAGCGUCUUCAGACGUGUUUGACAGCGUUCUAGGAAACACAGCGUCCUGCCAUAAAUCAUGCGGAAUGACAUACAGUUUGCACACGUAUCCACGGGAGGAGGAACUGUACGCCUGUCAGCGAGGCUGCCGUCUGUUCUCCAUUUGUCACUUUGUCCGCGACAGCGACGAUUUAAAUCAGACCAAAUCUGAGUGUGAAUCAACCUGCCGGGAAGCCUACGCCCAGCCUGAUGAGCAGUAUGCAUGCAACAUGGGCUGUCACAAUCAGCUUCCAUUUGCUGAGCAGCGUCAGGAUCAGCUGGAGGCCAUGAUGCCUAAGAUUCAUCUUCUGUAUCCACUGACUUUGGUCAGAGGAUUUUGGGAUGAUGUAAUGAGUCAAGCCCAAGGCUUCAUCACUUCCACCUGGACGUUCUACCUUCAGGCUGAUGAUGGGAAAGUUGUUGUUUUCCAGUCUGAACCACAAGUUAGGUUUUUCGCCCAUGUUGAACUGGACAAAGAUUCUAAGGAGGAGCCUCAGAAGAGCUUCCCCAGGCUGAGCAGUCCUAUUUACAAAGAAUACCAUCACGCUUUAAUCCAAGAGAGAGACAGAGAUCUGACUGGUGACCGCAGCUAUGAUGACGGAUACAACCUUUUCACCUGCCUGUCAAGGAACCCCUGGCUGCCUGGGUGGAUCCUAACAACAACUUUAAUUCUGUCUGUGUUGGUCCUGAUCUGGAUCUGCUGCGCUACUGUGGCAACUGCUGUGGAUCAAUAUGUACCCGCUGAGAAACUGAGCAUUUAUGGGGACAACGACUGUAUCAAAGAGCAGAAACUGACUCCUUACCCACAAUCCUCUCUGAUUAUCAUCACCUCCAAGGAUCCAAAAGAAGAGGCUGGGCCACUUCCUUCCAAGGUGAACCUGGGACAGUCCAACAUCUAGAAAUCAAAGCUGCAAUCCUAAAGGAAGCUUCCUCUAGAUUAAUUAUCAUAAAUAGAUUUUUUUUUCUUUUUCUUUAUCCUUUGAUUUAAGGCCUGGGCUGGUUGUGGUCUCAGCAGAACUUUCAGAUUUUUUAUUAACUGAUUUGUCCCUGCUUUAUUUAAACCUUUUGAAAUUGGGGUAGUUAAAACUUUUUUUUUCUGUAUAUUGGUAUAAUUGUGACAUUCAUGUAUGAUGGGUAAUAAAGGAAUAAAAUGUUUUGGAACUUUUCCUGCAAGUUUGCUGUGUGCAUUAGUUCUGUCGCUGUGUUUUAUUGAAUGUAAUGAACUGACUUGAAUUGAUGCAGGUUUUUACCCAAAUCCACAACAUUUUGGUAAAAUAGAUUGUGUGGAUAAUGUUGACACCACCUUUGUUAAUAUGUUUGUAUUUCUGCAAUAUUCUGAUCCAUUUUACAGUAAAAGUCUGUGCUCCUAAUUAAAUGAGACGAUACAUGCAGUUUUUCCUUCUUCGCUGUUUGUUUACUUGGUAAUAAAUCAGAAUAAAAUA